GACAAAUUCUGUCAUCCAAUGGCCACAAGUGAGUACACUAAAGCGCUGGCAAAAAUAAGCAAAAUACGCAUAAAUCGUACUCUAAAGCCAACUUUCUCCACUAUUGAAAGUACACAGCACUCUGCGGACAGAAUGGCAACACACCUGGAAUUUAUUUACUCUGGUGACCUAUUUGGUGGCGUGCAAGCAUAUGAGAUAACUCCACCUACUCUGCGUUCGGAUGAAGAGUGUCCCUUCGACGUUAAUCUUAUUCGGGAUGCUACAAACCAUCUGUCUGCCAAAAAGGGCCCAUCAGGUGUAGACCAUUUACGUAUUGAAAUGCUAAAGCCCACCCAAUAUCUCCUGGCGCCUGCUUUAUUCGCCCUCUUUCGUCUCCGCUGGUCUUGGUCCUACACCCCUCAAAAUUGGCGAAUAGCACAAGUGGUGCAUUGCUCUCACUUUUUUUUACCCUUGAACCCAAAGGAAUCUUUUAGUUUUUCUUUUUUGUUUGUUCUGAUCUCGUCUGGAUGGAGCUUUCAUUGUGCUCAACAGGACGUUACAUUAAAUAAAACCCGUUAUUUUCACUAAACGUCCUAUAAAUUGAGAAUAGGAAGCACAGUAUGACUUUGUACAAUUAUGUGUAUAAAUACCAAGAUUUAAC